AAAUACCGGCUAGGUACAGUCUAUCCCGGUCAUCGCAUCACAAGCCUCUCUACUCGUCCUUCCCCGAUCUUUUCUAUAACCUGUACAUACAAAUUAUUCAGCAUGAUAUUCAGAAGACGGAGAGUGAUCGUUAUAUCCUUGCUUAUUCUCUGGUUCUUGGGUGUUCUCUAUUUCACAUCAGAUUCUAUAUUCAUCCGUCGUCCGCCUCCAAAGUAUGUACAUAAUGAGGAAGGGAUAGAAAGACCUAAAUUUAGUGAAGCAGAUUACCUUAGAGGAGAUGCCUUAAAAGAAGGGGAAGAUGCUUAUGGGAAAAAUCAAUUUAAUCAAGCUAUCAGCGAUAAGAUAGGAGGUGAUCGUGAUGUCCCAGACACACGUCAUUCACAUUGUCGUUAUGAGGCUUAUCCGUCAACUCUCCCUGCUACUAGUAUUAUUAUAACCUUUCACAAUGAAGCAAGGUCUACAUUGUUAAGAACAGUCAAAAGUAUAUUAAAUAAGACACCGCCAAAUCUUGUAAAUGAAAUUAUUCUAGUGGAUGACUUCAGUGAUGAUGCCGAGGAUGGCUUAUUGCUGAUGGGAUUACCUAAAGUCAAAGUAUUAAGAAAUAAUAAAAGACAGGGUCUAAUACGCUCCAGAGUAAAAGGCUCUGACACAGCAAAAAGUGACGUCCUAACGUUUCUUGACAGUCACUGUGAGUGUAAUACAGACUGGCUACAACCUUUACUAAAACGCGUUGUACAGAACAAAAAAGCUGUCGUCAGCCCUAUAAUUGAUGUGAUUAACAUGGAUGACUUUAGUUAUAUUGGUGCAUCAGCGGACAUCAAAGGAGGUUUUGAUUGGAGUUUACACUUCAAGUGGGAUAACUUAACUCCAGAGCAGAAGCAAUCUAGAAGAAGUACUCCUAUAGCACCAAUAAAAACACCUAUGAUAGCGGGGGGCCUCUUUGUGGUCACCAAAUCAUGGUUUGAAGAAAUGGGAAAAUACGACACUAUGAUGGACAUCUGGGGCGGAGAAAACUUUGAAAUAUCAUUCCGCACGUGGCAAUGCGGCGGCAGUAUGGAAAUCAUUCCAUGUUCACGUGUUGGUCACGUGUUCAGAAAGAGACAUCCCUACACUUUCCCGGAUGGGAAUGCAAACACUUACAUGAAGAAUACGCGUCGAACAGCAGAAGUCUGGAUGGAUGAGUACAAGAGAUUUUACUAUGCGGCAAGACCAAUGGCUCGCAGUGCCUUGUACGGCAGCAUAAAGUCAAGAAAAGAGCUACGAAAAAGAUUACAAUGCAAGCCGUUCAAGUGGUACUUACAAAACGUCUACCCCGAGUUACAAAUUCCUGACAGCCAAGAUGUCUCAUUCGGUGAACUGAAGCAAGGCAAGAGUUGCUUGGAUACGCUUGGUAGCCAAGCCGGCGGAUCCGUGGGAAUGUUUGAUUGUCAUGGACAAGCUGGAAAUCAGGAGUGGGCGCUGACCAAAAAGAGUACCGUCCGCCAUCUUGAUUUGUGUCUCACACUUGGAAGCGGCGGCGCUGUGACCUUGGAAGGCUGCAGGGAUGGUGACCCCAAACAGAUUUGGGAGCAAACGUCGCCCCAGCAUACUUUGCGGCACAAGCAGUCUGGCCUAUGCCUGGACAGCAAAGAAGCCAAAAGCGGCGGUCACGUGAGAGGGGAACACUGCAAACGAGGCGAGUUUGCCCAAAUAUGGCAAUUCUCGCUCAACAUGAAUGGGGGUAGCUGAAAAGUUUCAUCGCCGGCGAGAUAAGGACUUUGUUUUAGGAAAUACACCAACGACUAGGUGACGUGCCAAUUAACAAGCAGUCAGCCAAUCAGUAGGCGAAACACGAUGUGUUGUCUCCUGUGAGGACUUCAAUCAAUAGGAAAACAGCCAAUCAGGUUAAUGAAUAGCCACAAAUCGAGCGAGUAAGAGGAGUUAUUCGAGUUCCCGGGCCCAAUGUAUUCUUUUUCGGUUGAGGGCAUGUACGCUUUUUUAUCUCACUUACCGAAAAUACUGCAAAACAGCCCAAUCUUCGAGCAAAGUCCUACAUGCGAACACUUUUCAUUUGUUACAAUUCCUCUUUCUUGUAGCAUCGGUUCCGAGUCCUUUGUAAGUAUUUCACCAAAUAGAUUCAUGUUAUUUUAUCAUUCAUAUUUUAUAAUAUAUUCAAUAUGCAUUCGCUGAUGCCAAAGAAUUAUGUAUAGUUUUUUCAUUCCAUGGGACUAUCAAAACUCAAUUGUGUUUGUGCUCGUUAAAAAAACAUAAUGCAAGUAUAUAUAUAAAUCUAAAUUGAAAAACAUAAGUUUGAAAGUCUAUUAAGGAAUUUGUUUUUCAAAUGACUACCAAAGCGAUGCAUUGUGGUCAGGGUUGUUGGAUUUGUUUUGAUAAAAGCAAAUAUUUAUAAUAGCCGGUUGGAGUAGGGCAGGUUUUUUAUCCUGAAUACAGUGGAAUUUGGUAAGUGCUAUUUGUAGACAAAACUAUAAAGAAUAAGCAAAUUAGAUAAAAAAACAGCAAUUCUAGAUAACACUGGUAUGUCAUAAUUCUAAGCCAAACUUUUUUGUAGUCAAAUCCAAUAAACGCCCCAUGUAGAUAAUGCAAUGGCGUAAAAAAUGGUCAGAUUUUUAUAAAAAAAAAAUUACUCCCUCCCCUGGAAGAAUCUCUCCCUCCCCAAGAAAAAUCCUGGGUACAUGCCUGUCACUGUGAUUAGAAGUGUUUACAAAAUAGAGCUGAGUGGAGAAGUUACCUAAUAUAUAGUAUGAGCUCGCACAACACUUCCAAUAUAUGAAUUUGAACAGAGAUGUAAAAUAGUUAUUUGAGUAAUAAAUGAUUUUUUUUACGAA